AUGAAGUACGUUACUGCUUGCCUGUUGGCCGUCGUUGGCCUGUCUUCAGUAUCAGCGAAUGUGGUCCCUCAAGGCCCGCAAGGUCAAGCUUGCCCACCAGGCACCCAACUGUACUCCCUCGCCGGCUGUGGUUACGUAACCCGCGAGGCAACCUGCUACGAAUCCCGCCCCAGGCAAGACAACCAGCAGACUUGCGGCUACUCAGCCUGCCACUGCAUCCACCCCACUGUCAGAAACCCGGUCACCGGCCAGUGCGUACACUUAGACCAGUGCCCGAAUGCUAAAAUCAUUCACGGACACGGAGGCGGCGGCAGACUGAAGAUCGAAAGGCGACACCUCCAGAAUGGCGCUCAGUUACCAGUCCCACCAAGCCAGAAUGUACCUGUACCAGUUCCAUACGAACCAACUCCAGUAGCACCAGUUCAAAAUGUACAAGCCCCAGAAGCACCAGUUCCAUAUAUACCAGCCCCAGAAGUACCAACCCCAGUAGAACCAGUUCAAAAUGUACAAGCCCCAGUAGAACCAGUUCAAUAUGUACAAGCCCCAGUAGAACCAGUUCCAUAUAUACCAGCCCCAGAAGUACCAACCCCAGUAGAACCAGUUCAAUAUGUACAAGCCCCAGUAGAUCCAGUUCCAUAUAUACCAGCCCCAGAAGUACCAACCCCAUUAGCACCAGUGCAAAAUGUACAAGCCCCAGUAGAACCAGUUCCAUAUAUACCAGCUCCAGAAGUACCAACCCCAGUAGAACCAGUUCAAUAUGUACAAGCCCCAGUAGAUCCAGUUCCAUAUAUACCAGCCCCAGAAGUACCAACCCCAGUUGCACCAGUGCAAAAUGUGCAAGCCCCAGUAGAAACAGUUCCAUAUAUACCAGCCCCAGAAGUACCAACCCCAGUAGAACCAGUUCAAUAUGUACAAGCCCCAGUAGAUCCAGUUCCAUAUAUACCAGCCCCAGAAGUACCAACCCCAGUAGCACCACUUCAAAAUGUACAAGCCCCAGUAGCACCAGUUCCAUAUAUACCAGCCCCAGAAGUACCAGCCCCAGUAGAACCAGUUCAAUAUGUACAAGCCCCAGUAGAACCAGUUCCAUACAUACCAGCCCCAGAAGAACUAACCCCAGUAGCACCAGUGCAAAAUGUACAAGCUCCAGUAGCACCAGUUCCAUAUAUAUCAGCCCCAGAAGUACCAACCCCAGUAGAACCAGUUCAAAAUAUACAAGCCCCAGUAGCACCAACUCCGGUAGCACCA